CAAAAGAAAACGCUUUUCCUUAGGAAAGUACCUUUUUUUAAUUGGUUUAUAAGUGAAGUUCUUUAAAUAAAUGUUGGAUUAGUAAACUGGCUUUUCACAAACUGGAAUUUGCAUUAAGUGGUGUUUCACUGCCCAGUGGCAGUGACAUAUUAGCACCUCAUAAAGUUGUUCUCGCCUGUUUACACAUCCAGCAGACACAGAGCAACGCUAACAUUCAUUCUGAGUUGUAUUUCACUCUGUUCCACAGAAAGCUGCUGAUGGUGCAGAGAAAAACAGAACCUGACUCAGGGCGAGCGACCGUUUUGUUUGGUACGUUUGGAGUCAGCUCAGCUGGAUGCUCACUUCACACGUAAAUCGUCUCCACCUGUGGACAGUUUGUCUGACUGUGGACAGAUGAAUGUCUGAACUCUUUGAGACUCUGUAACCCUUUCAGGCUUUAUGCAAAUCAGCAAGUCUUGAUCCUGAGGCCUGAAUGAAAGAGAAGAUCUAUUUAAUACAAAUUCAUACAUAAUACAGCUUAUUACAAAGGAAUCCCUUUACUUUCUAACAGAGGGACACAGGUUCAGAACAGGAGCAUUUCACUGUGUCUUUCAGUGACGCUUACUGAAGUAGAAGUUGGUCACAGUUAGUCACAGUUAGUCACAGCUAGCAGAUGCAGAGGACUUCCUUCCUGUAAACAAAAACAGAAUAAGACUGAUAUUGAAACUGCGGCUGCUUUCACUUAGGGGUCGUGUUGAUGAAAAGCGAACAGCUCUCAAUUAAUUCACACUCCGGUGCUUUUUACUGAGAGUGUGUGUGAGGACACAACACAUCACUGCAGGUUUGACUGCUGGUUUAUCAAAAUGUCUCGUCUUGGCUCUGUGGUGGUGCUCGUCCUGGUCUUCGCUGGAGGGUGGUGCCUCUGCGCAGCCGAUGUUGGGGAUUUCACUCCGUGCCUGCAGUUCUUCUACAGGUCCUGGCCUCCUAAAGGUCUGCCAGGGACCCCCAUCUGCCAGCGUUAUUCCAACCAGUAUCGAUUUGCCACGCUGUACAGUCGACCACGCCGCUCUCCCUGGUUCUCAGCCUAUUUGUACACAACACCUGAAGGAAAGAGGCCCUCGGCCUCCUGGAAGUUCGAGCCACAGUUAGCCUACCCAGGAGCUGAUGGCAACAUGAUCCCCUUCCCUCCAGGUCCUCCGGACCAGAACGUGGUGGACAGCCAGGCGGUGGAGCUGGACUACAUUAAUUCCACCUACACUCGUGGCCAUUUGAACCCCAGCCUUCACCACCAGAGCCAUGAGGACCGCUCCGCCACCUUCACCCUCACAAACGUGGUUCCUCAGAAGGCGGGCUCUAACGAUGGGCCCUGGGAGGCCCUGGAGCAGACUGUCAACAAAACCUUAGCAGCCUACUGUGUCGGAGAGGCCUACGUAGUGACUGGCAUCAUCCCUUACCAGAGCGAGGAACGCUGGCUCAAGAAUCAUCGUGUGGCUGUGCCUGAGUAUAUUUGGUCAGCCUACUGCUGCCCACACUACAACAACAGUCUCCCAGAAGAGCUGAAGGACGCCUUUCCCACGUACGCUGCGAUCGGCCGCAACGACUGCAACAGCACCGAGGAGAUUGUGCCCGUUGACAAGGCAGCUAAGAAAAAGUUCAGGGGAUACGAUGUGAGGAGGAUGCCACUGGAAACACUUGAGAUGUAUCUGAAGGACAGGUUCAGUACCAUCAUCAGUGUUUUCUAUGAGCGGUGCUCUGGAUCAGACUGAUCCUGCACUGAUGCACACAGUGAUGCAGCACAUCACACGAUGGCCUGAUGGAAAAGUACUGCUGGAACAGGCGAACAGCAGACAGUUGCUGGGUGAAAUACCUGAAGGUCUGGUGAGACGUUCAGGUAGAUGUCACACCUGUCAGACGGUCGAUACAGCUGCUGAUGGUCAUGACUCACCUGAGAUGAAGCCCAAACCGUCCGAACCAGUUCACCUGAAAGAACACAUCAGUGCAGAUGAUGAUAAAUUAUUGUUUUCACAGUCAGUCUUUUGUAUUUGGGCUUAAGAGUGUUGUCACAGUGCAUGUUACAAAUGAGCACAACGUUAAUGCGGCAGAACUUUUUUUAAGGUUUGAAUGUAUUCAGCUUUCUGUUGCUGUAGUCGGUCCCGGCGUGCUCUGACUGGAGGUGGGGCGCCCGAACAAGUCACCAGUCACUGGCACGUAUUUAUUCUGAGUGUGGGUGGAUUACUGAACUGGGCUUCAUCCACACAGAGACGCACAGCAACCUCAGUGAGACACAGAAUGUUCUGAAAAAAUGCAAAACAACUACACCAUUUGUGGCUGACCCCUCAGACGUGGCCUGACCUGUAGGCUGGGAACCAGUGGACUGUAUUUAACCUGUAUAUAAAAUGAUUUUUGAAUCAAACUUUACUGCUGUUUGUAAAGACACAGUGCUGCUGUGCAUCAGUGCCAUCCUGCAAACAGCGUUUAAAAGAUGAAAACAUAAGGUGGUCCGAUGGCUGAAGGGUUCUUCCUGUUUCCUGCAUGUGUGCUGCAGUGUGUCGAACAGAGCCGCAGGACAGUGAUGUUCUGUCGUACCAACCUCCCAGACAGCCCUGGUGCAGCUCCCAUGUGCAUUCUAACAUGAUGUGAUGUUUGGUUUUUAUCAUGUCUGAAAAUCAAAUCAAAAUCAGAAGAUGUCGGUGAGGAAGCACACAGCUCCAUCAUCAUGAAACAUCAUGAUGAACAUCAACAGGACGGGUUAGAAAUGACUUUAUAUGCACUUUCAGUGGACACACACAAGGCGUCCUGUAGCAUGGCACAGCAUUCAGUCAUGCUCUGUGUCACCUGUGUGUUGCCCUUCUGUAAUUUGUAUAAUUUUAGUGCCAUCUUGUGGUCAGAUCAGAGCAGUAGAAUAAAAACCAAACUCAGACCUUCAGGAUCGAUACAGAGGGAUUAUAUACACGCUGAAAUGUACGUGUGGUUUUAGUGAGGAAAACAAACCAAAUUUUUAAAAAUUAACCUAAAAAUUAAACUAAAAUAAAUAGACAUGAACAGACAGAGCAUGGUUCCUAUUUA